CAAAACGGAAAUCAAUUUCCACUCCAUAAUGUGUUUCUGAAAAGCAGACUCCUCGUUUUGAACUUGAGUAAAUAAGUUAUUUAGACCCACCGCGUGCAUGAAAACCAGAAGAUCAGUCUGUAACUCUCUGUUUAUGUGCUUAAAGGGCUGUUGGGGCAAUACCAGUGUAUCAUAAAGGUUUACUAUUUUAGCGCUUGAUCUCCUUUUCGAUACCUUGUUGCUUUUUGGGUUUUAUAGGCUACGUGGCUCACAAGGCUUCGCGGUAUUAUGUCAGUAUUAACAAAGUCAGUGGUCGUUAACAUAAUGCUGUUCCCGUUCAAUUCUGGUUUUAUUCGUUUAUAUUUUCAGAAAUGACUGAUCGGGUUUAUGUAGAUUUGACUUUAAAAAAAUGUAGCAGCUUGAAAAAGAUAUGGGACACAAGGGUUACGUGCACACAGGGGGAGGAGUCACCGGUGCUCGUUGCAAUUUAAUUGGCUCUUAGCUCAUAUUGAGUUGUAUAGUUAUCAGUAAUCAUAUUCAGCAUGUUUUGCACAAGAAAUGUCAUCCAGAAAGGGCAAUCUUCUUCCACCGUCAAAGUAUACCACAAAGAUGUCAUGCUCCGAUAGUCCAUCUGGAAAUUCGUUUCUGGUAGACCCCCUGAUCCACGGAAGGGCCGAGGGAAGUGGACACUACUACCAAAACAGCGCAGUCUACUUGCAGCCGACCUCCGAGUAUUCUUAUGGACUGUCUAACUGUGGCUAUUUCUCUGGACUCAAACGGAACGAGAGCAAUUCGCAAAAUGUAGCCCCUACGUGUGGGCCAUAUCAAGGCAUGGAAACAUGGCUGGAGACGUCGAGGUCCUGUCGCAUCGAACAGCCUAACAACCAAAUUACCCCACGGUCGUUCUCGCCCACCAUAAAAGAGGAAAACUCUUACUGCUUAUACGAGUCUGAGAAGUGUCCGAAAGACACUAUUACAGAGGACAUAUCUUACUCCCGGCUGACACCAAAUUCAUGUCCAUCUAGCAACAAUAACGGCUGUGUUCCGGUACCUGGCUACUUCCGUCUAUCUCAGACAUGCACCACAUCUAAAGGUUUUCCAGAAAACCAGUCUGUAUCGACUCACGCUGCUGCUCAACGCUCUACCCGACUUGACAGCUCUCUUUCAGCCACAGGAGCAGAAGCGAGCAGGGAAGAGAGCGGCGAGCCUCCCACAUGCGCACCAUGUGCCCCGGCAAGAAACAAGGAGCUAAGGGGGUCCACUGGCACCGCUUCAUCCCCUGAACCACCGGACAGUCCGGAGAAGGCGGCCACUGCUACUAAAGGAGAUUCCAAAAGUGACAAUACAGCUAACUGGCUGACGGCGAAGAGUGGUCGUAAGAAGCGUUGUCCCUACACUAAACACCAGACUCUAGAGCUGGAGAAAGAGUUCCUCUUCAACAUGUACUUGACACGAGAGCGUCGCCUCGAGAUCAGCCGCAGCGUUCACCUCACGGACAGACAGGUCAAAAUCUGGUUUCAGAACCGACGGAUGAAGCUGAAGAAGAUGAGUCGAGAAAACCGAAUCCGAGAGUUGUCGGCCAACUUCAGUUUUUCAUGAAGCCUCCUCACUUUAUAGAUCUCUGGCGCCCUCCUCCAUCAGCUGCAGUGGAAGCCCAUUUACAACAACCCGUCUCCGUAGGUGUGUGUCUGUGUGCACUGCGCAUAGAUGACUUGUGCAAGAUACUAUUGAUAACUUAUUGUGUGUCGUAUACUGUUGACGUUUUUAUCUGCUUAUGUAUAAUUUUAUUUGACAGACCAGUCGUCAUAACAUGUCAUGGUUAUUUAUAAACUGUCAAGAGUACUGCACUCUUCAACUGCAAAAUAUAAGAAUGCUAAAGGUGUUCAUUGUACAUAGCAUUCAGACUAUAUUGUACAUUUACUGUAUAUAAUGCGGUAUUUGCAUGUUGUAAUAACAACUAUUAUGAAACCGUUUUUAAAUAAGAACAAUGCGUUUCUUCCUACGACUUUGUUAUGUAUUUGCUGUUCUAGGCAUAAGUGGAAAAGUCCGGUUCUUAAAAUGCAGAAACUUAUAAACUUGACGGGACUUCCUGCAUUAUUUUAACAGCAAUCAAAGGUAACAUGUUUUUGGACACAGAGGCCAAAGAGAUGGACUCGGAUGUAAAUUCAUUAUUACAUGGAAGAAAAUAAAUAAAGGCAUGUACGUAAAAGUUAUAUUACUUUUAAAUACAAUUAGUACAAAACA